AUGAGCAUUGGAGAGCGUCUGUUCACAAGACGAAUGACUUUAUCAUUUAACAAGAUGACAUUUGGCCAAGUUAGUCAUUUUGUGGAUCAACUGAAGGUUUAUAAGGGAAUGGAAACAUUUAAGCAUGCUACAGAUAAAGAGGAGUUGGAUGCCAGCUUAGAUGUGAGCAUGCAGAGUACAGAAACCCUAGAUGAAGAAGAAGAAGUUAUCAGCAUGUCUAGGUCAGCCUUAAGAAAUCCUUUCCUCCAUGGUCCAGUUACAAACAGGCAGGCAGAGUUUUUUCUGGCAAAUCAGGUUUCUCUGAUACAGACCACUGAACAAGAGGCCUUAUCACCCCCUGAACUGCAGUUAAGAAUAGCAGAUAUUUUAACAGCUUCUCCCGACAUUGCUGAGAUUCACUACACAACUUUUCUUAACUGUCUAAGAGCUAAGGAAUUCAAGGGAGCACUUGACAGCCUCUAUCAUUAUUUUGAUCGACAACAAUGGCAUGGGGAGUCAGCUAUAAAAAUAGCCUCAAAUUCCGAAGAGAUAGAGCCUGAGAAGUGCCACAGAUUCAGAUAUGCUGCCCUGAACCUGGCUGCAUUCCACUGCCAAUUUGGUCACAGGGAAGAAGCAUUAGCUGCUUUGAAGGAAGCAAUUCAAAUUGCACAGGAAACCAAUGAUCAUGUUUGUUUGGAGCAUUGCUUGGGAUGGCUUUAUCGGUUAGAAAUGAAUGGCUGUUCUCAAGCAAAGCUUUUGUUGGACAGAUUUGUUACAAGAGCCACUGAACUCAAAAUUCCUUACUUGACUUCUCUUGGAAUGUUGAAUCACUGUCAGUAUGAUGCCAUGGCAGGAGAAGCACCCCCUCAAGUUCUACAAAACCUUACCCAAAUCAAUAUCAUCAACUCCCAGAAGGCACUGGGUGACUUGAACUCAGCCGCACAUGUCCAACAAGCAGCUAUUUGGCAGAUCUAUGGUAAAAAUUGUAUUGCAAGUAUCUUCACCCAGUUUGCACUCCAUCAAAACACUUCAGCCAGCAGUGACUUAAUGACAUCUGUUAGUAGAGGUACAGCUGGGAUACAAAGUGCAGAAGCCACUUGUCUGUCACUGUGUAGUCUUGCAGAACAACAUGCUGACAGAGGAAUGUUUCAAGAGGCCUCAGACAUUCUAUCAUUUUGCAGAAUAAAGUUUCCCGCACAUUCAAAAUUAUCUCAGCUAUGGAUGACGACUGAAGCUGUCAUAGAUCACAACAGAGCAUUACUUCAAGGUGACAUGAAGAGGGCAAUAGCAUGUGUCGAACAAUUAGCAGCGCUAGAUGAACCCGAGGCAGAGUAUAGGUCCGCUUUGAAUUUGCUUCAUUUAGGAGAUUACACCACAGCAUUUCCCAGGUUACAGAAGUUACUUGAAAGCUCAAGAGACAAGGUAUUCUUAAAUGACGGAAAGAAAUCAGCUGCUGAAUACAAAGCAAGAUCCUUUGGACUCAAAAUGAUAGUAUGUUUGGCUUAUUCCAGAGACAAGGUAUUCUUAAAUGACGGAAAGAAAUCAGCUGCUGAAUACAAAGCAAGAAUUCUUUUAGCCCUAACACAGCUGUUCUUGCUGCUGAGUGACCCAGUGUCUGCAUUGCCUCACGCUCUUGACUGCUUGACCACCUCAUGUUCACACUACAUGGAUAAUUCAGCUGCGUUAGCCUCACUUUACAUCGCACAAAUCCAGCUAUCUUUAGGUUUACCAGCAAAAGCUGUGGCUCUGAUCAAGAGAACCAUGGUCCAGAUUCUAUCACAUGGUGAGUUGAGAGCUGUUGAUGUGAGGCGCAGUGGCCUAAUGGUCAUUGCGCUGGACUCCUGGCGGAGAGCUCUGGGUUCGAGACAUGACUUGCGUUCUGCUUUGCCAACUCUGGAAAGGAUCGUGAAAGGAUUUAGGAAGUUAGGGGCUGCCGAUAAAACCAGAGAUGUCUUAUACUUUCAGGCGAGGAUAUACGACGAGCUGGGUUUCACCAUCGAGAGAAAUGCGUGUGCGGCUGAGUGCUGUGAAAUCCUCCAAAGACAACCAACAAACAGCGCCCGGUCUUCACUCUUUGUUUUAUAAAUAGAUAACAGUUUGGCGAUCGAGGGAGCGUAGCAAAGAAUUGCAAGAUUGGCGUCGUUAUGGAAUUGUCUGUCGGACGAAAAAAUAAAAAACAAGGAGGCAGCGAUUUUAUUCAAGAGGGCAACUCAGUUUACAGUAUACGGCAUCUACCGCGCGAAACUCUGAAUCCUUUCAAAAUCCAAGUGUUAGACUCGCAAUAUCGUUUUGGUGUUAUCACAGGAAUAACGACUGUGUACAAAACAUAUACAGAAACUUUUUAAUUACUCAUGAAUUGCUGCUGUACAGUUAUUGCUUAUGAAAUAAAACAAAAUUUCUCCU